UCGUUCUGUGACAAAAUUCUGUUCAUUUGAAACUGGAACGCCAAUCCUACGACUGCUCCGUCCACGGCUCUCCGACAUUUUCUUUCCCUCCUUUUGAGAGAGACAACGAAGCGUUUCUGACAUGCAAAUGGAAAUCGAAGACUUUACAACACAAGUUAUUGAAUUCUAUUCAUUUCAGCGGGGUUAUAUGAAUGCGUGAUUGCUUUUUAUCCUUUUCUUUUUCAUGAUUUGGAUCUUGGAAGUGGACGGGGGGAAGCUGUAAUAGUGAACCGUCGGUUCGUGGCUCCGGAUGUUUGUUUCGUCGCCUCGAGAUCGUUACGUUUCCUUCAUCAGUCAAUUUGCAGAUUCUCUGCUCUCUGGUAGACUUUUGACAUGCAAUUCUCUCAUUUAAGAAGCGCAUAUUGGUAGAUAGCAAUCAUGGUGCAAAUCAAUUAGAAAUAUAGCUGCAGACUGCAGUACAUUUUGUUGAAGAUGAAGACAACUCAGGCAUGGUGUCCUGGCGAUUUGCAGAUUUUGCCUGGGCCUCGACAUCGCCCUCAUAUGAAGAAGCCUCUGUGGAUCAUCAUCUUGGUCUCCUUCAUCAUUGUCUUCCUUAUCUGUGCAUACAUGUAUCCACCUCAAAGUAAUAGUGCCUGUUACAUUUUUUCUUCUAAAGGUUGUAAGGCCAUUACCGACUGGCUUCCGCCUGCUCCUGCAAGAGAACUUACUGAUGAAGAGAUUGCUUCUCAUGUUGUUAUUCAAGAAAUUUUGAAUUCACCUAUUGCACCAUCCAAAUCUACAAAGAUAGCAUUUAUGUUUAUGACUCCAGGGUCUUUGCCGUUUGAGAAGCUGUGGGAUAAGUUUUUCAAUGGUCAUGAGGGCAAAUUCACUGUUUAUGUCCAUGCAUCUAAGGAGAAACCAACUCAUGUCAGUAGCCACUUCUUGAAUCGGGAUAUUCAUAGUGAUCAGGUGGUGUGGGGUAAAAUUACCAUGGUUGAUGCCGAAAAAAGAUUGUUGGCAAAUGCUCUUCAAGAUCCAGAUAAUCACCAUUUUGUUUUACUUUCUGAUAGUUGUGUACCUUUGUAUAGUUUUGACUAUAUCUACAAGUAUCUGAUGCAUUCAAACAUAAGUUUUGUAGACUGCUUUCAGGAUCCUGGUCCACAUGGAAAUGGCAGGUAUUCAGAGCACAUGUUACCAGAAGUGGAGAAGAAACACUUUAGAAAAGGUGCUCAGUGGUUCACGUUGAAACGGCAGCAUGCUAUAAUAGUAAUGGCUGACAAUCUUUAUUACUCAAAAUUUCGUGAUUACUGCCAGCCAGGUCUAGAAGGGCACAAUUGCAUAGCUGAUGAGCACUACUUGCCAACCUUUUUCAAUAUGAUUGAUCCUACUGGAAUAGCAAAUUGGUCAGUAACACAUGUUGAUUGGUCUGAAAGAAAGUGGCAUCCAAAAUCGUAUAGAGCAGAGGACAUUACCUAUGAGCUUUUACAGAAGAUUACAUCAAUUGAUGUGAGCGUGCAUGUAACAAGUGACGAGAAGAAGGAAGUACAAAAGUGGCCAUGCUUGUGGAAUGGUUUGCAGAGGCCAUGUUACCUAUUUGCAAGAAAAGUCUAUCCCCAGGCUCUGGAUAAGUUGCUGUAUCUUUUCUCCAACUAUACAACAAUUUGAGUUAGGUUUUUAUGUUUGUUUUUAUUUCAAAGUAAAGUUUCAGAUUCUUUGGCUGCAUCAAUAACUUCCGAGCCUUUGUUCUAUCUGGUCUUUAUAUUCCGUUCAAGGUUGUAAAUUCCUGGCCUUGGGGAGGAUUUAAUGUGACCGACCACAAUUCUUGAGUGCAUCGAGCUGCUUGCUGAGUGCCUAUGGUGAUCCUCAGAUAGGAAGGAAGCUAACAAGUUGGUGUUGCUUCCUCGGGGAUGAGCGAUAUAUCAUCUAUAUUUCUUUUUUACUUUCCUUUUUUGAGGCUUUUUCUUUUGUUACUUUUAGAACAAACGAUUUUGGAGAAGAAUAUAUCCAUAGAUCUUGUAGAAAUAUUUUGUAAACAUGAGGUUCUGAAUUUGCAUCUUGCAACUUUUUAUAAAUAUACUGUCUUUUGACUUUUGAGUUCCA